AAAAAAUGUCAAAAAUCAAUUUUUGUUGAUUCCAGAGAUUUGUGUCGAAUGUGUUUGAUGGUAAUUUCUAAAUAAUUUCACCCGAAAAGAACAUUUUACGAUCACCACAUCGAAAAUUUAACAGGUCACAUUCAGUUUUCGCGUUUUAAGUUCGAAUUAUGGCGUUGUGUUCACAUCGUACGAAAUUUAUUAGGUUAGGUUCCCAUAUCAAUAACUUCGUGCGAUUUUCUUCAUGCCAAGGAUUCUCAGGGAAAGGAUUGGUUUUGGGCGUCCACACCACUGAAAAUAACGAAGUGAAACUAACACCUGCAGCUGAGAAAUACAACGAAUUGUGCGAAGGGAAGCUCUUGCAACAAAUUCAACUCACCGGUAACGAUAUCAAACCUGGUAAAUGCGUUCUGUUCUGGGGCUUAGAUAAAGAGUUCAAUUCUGUAGCGGUCGCAGGUCUUGGAAAGGAUUCCGAACCUACCGAUGAUGAUAUCGAAUUAAUUUGCAACAAGAGCGAAGCUAUACGGAUAGCUGCGGCCGCGGGAUGCAGGGCGUUAGAUUCGGCAGGAAUCAAAAACAUCCACGUUGAGGACUUCGGCGACGCGGACGCCGCCGCGCAAGGCAGCGCCUUGUCCGUUUGGAAAUUCCAAGAAUACAAAACCGAUAAAAAACCCUUAGCGAACGUCGAGCUCUCGCAGCUCAGCCGCGACCAGACGAACUGGCGCAAAGGCAUCACCAAAGCCGAAGCCCAAAAUUUGGCGAGAAAACUCACCGACACGCCCGCCAAUCUCCUCGAUCCCACCGUAUUCUCCGAAGAAGCCAAACGCUUACUUUCCCCUCUAGGAGUCGAUGUAAAAAUUUACGAUAAGAAAUGGGCCGAAGAUCAAAAAAUGUUUUCUUUUCUAGCCGUAGCUCAAGGAUCGGCGCAACCGCCGAAAUUCCUAGAGAUCACCUACAAUCCCGCCGAUAGCAAACAACCGCCCGCCGCCUUAGUCGGUAAAGGCGUCACAUUCGACGCGGGCGGUAUUAGCUUGAAACCUUCCGCCAGUAUGGACGAAAUGAGAGGCGAUAUGGGCGGCGCUGCCGUCGUUAUAGGUACCGUAUUCGGUCUGGCUAAACUGGGAGUGCCGGCGAACUUGAAAGUCCUGGUACCUCUGGUGGAGAACCUGCCAUCGGGCACGGCUAUUAAGCCGGGAGACGUGAUCAGAGCGAGGAACGGGAAGACUAUAUGCGUGGAUAACACCGACGCCGAAGGGCGGCUUAUCCUAGCUGACGCUCUAUCCUACAGUGGAGAUUUUAAACCGAAAUGGGUGCUGGACAUCGCCACUCUAACGGGAGCCAUGCGAGUUGCCUUGGGGAACGCCGCUACAGGUGUGUUUGCUAAUAAUAACAAAUUGUACGAGGAGUUGGAGGAGGCCGGGAGGAGUACCGGCGAUAGAGUGUGGAGGAUGCCUUUGUGGAAGCAUUACACUAAAAUCAUGUGCGAGCACGACGCGUACGAUUUGAAUAAUAUAGGUAAAGGGGCGAAGGGAGGCGGCAGCUGCACGGCGGCGGCGUUUCUGAGGGAAUUCGCGCCGAAAGACACGCCUUGGUUGCAUUUGGACAUAGCCGGCGUUAUGGGGCCCGAUGCAUCGGCUUAUUUGCAAAAAGGCAUGACCGGCAGACCUACCAGGACGAUUAUCGAGUUCAUCGAACGCGAGACGAAAACUGUUUGAAAUGGUUGAUUUGGUGUAGGUUUAAAAAUGCAACGAAUUUGAUUUAGUAACAUUUUAUUAGUCUUAUUUAAAAAAAAACUAAAACAAUAAGUAAAUCAACGUGAUGUUUGAGGCGCUAACAUUAAUCGGGACUAGUAAAGUUAAAAUCGAACGAAUCUGUAUCAUCCUAAAAUAUUAAUCGACGUUAAGGAAAUGACGGAAAAAUAAUAUUUUGGAAGACUCAGUUAAAACGAAAUUAAAACGGCAAAAUUCGCACGGUUACCAAAUUGUCUGCUGAUAAAAAAAAUAAACCAUAACUCAACUCAACGAAAAAAAUAAUAAUAAUAAAUACUUUACGCGAUCAUUGCACGUUUUUCCGAAAAUUAAAAAUUAGUAAAUUAAAAAAAUCACAGAUUAAGAGAAAGUUUUGGAAGGUUUGUUCAAAUAAAUCGAAUCUCCCAACUUACAACAAAAUAAAUUUUUGUUCGCUCGACUCGAGGAAGCUUCUCCAAAACAAGAAGAGGAUCUCAUUUAAACUCGCGAAAAAUCAAACAAAACUUCUAAAAAAAAAACAAUAAAAAGAAAUGAAUUAGUUCCACCUCUUCCUAUUAUGGCGCAGAUUAGUCAACUAAAUAAAAUCAAACGGUUCCGCUGUCAUCCGUCGUGACGCCGUUACAGAUGAUAACGGUCUCGUCUCUUCGAUGGGGCUCUAUCGCUUUCCAGAUCCUCAACACGCUGGCCCCUCUAAGUCGGAUAUUCACCAAAUCCUCCCGCCUGAUGUCGUACAGCACCUCUUCGAGCGUGUAACCUUCGGCUAGAAAAAUCCGCUUGUCGUACUCGUUAAUACCCAACCCUUCCAGCCAAUUCGCCAAACGUCGGUCUUCUUCGACGAUUUCUUCGAGAUGAUCGUGCUGCGAAUUGUUGUUGUUGAGAUGCGAGCACCGGUAGCAACACGACUGCCGAUAGGCGAGUUCCAAGCGAGUGGUUUCUAUCAGCUGUUUCAACUAGAAUAGAGAUAAUAGUGUUAUAGAGAAGCACCACUUUAUCCAGUUCAACUUACUAUUCCUUGGUAUUGCCUUUGGCACUCGAGCAAGUCUUGGUGCAACCUGACGUUCUCGUUUCUCAGCUGCAAACUGGCGGCCUUUACUUCGAAGGCCUCGUUGGUUUUGCUGGAUUUGCUCGAGUUGAUGGUGCUCGGCGAGCUGUGGUUGGCUAUGUCUUCGCUCAGCUCGGGCGUGAGUACCGUCACGGCGGCCUGAAUGCAGGAUCUCACGAGAUUGUCCAAGGCGAACAUCCAGUGCGGUUUGAUGGGGUGCAAUCGGAGCACGUCAUUAACCGAUUCCUACAAUCAUUAUUACUACAAUGUAAGUAAUUGAUAAAUUAGAGGGAAUUUACCUGGAAUAGGUAAACGGCGAAUUGCAGUUGAUUGAUGGCGGCCGAAUCGAAGUUCAAUUCCUCCUUCAAUUGCCUCACGGUACUCUCCACGACGGUCAUCGAUUGCUCGGUGAGGUAAGCCUUCAAACCGUCCAUCAAUUUCAGAAGGUGUUUCUCCGUUAGUACCGUCUCCCCUAAGUAUUUGUCGCGGACUUUCUGCAUCCAUACUUCGCAUAUCUUCAUACCGUCAUUGGCAAGUACCU